AAUAGAAAUUGACAGUUUCAGUCACUUUUCCUCAGUCUUCACCUCUCCGGCCGGUCGCCGCCAUCCUGCCCCGUCUCCAUCUACAUCUCCGUCGCAACAGAAGGCUGCCAGCUUUCCGAGUGCCAAUGUCCAACAACAACAAUAGUUGAGAAGCAAAUUGCUGAAGCAAAAUUUGCGUAAUUCCGGAAAAUUUUUCCAAGAGUAUUUUGCUGCAGAAGUUUGAUCGAGGAGGUUUUGCGGGAUUAAUAAUCCGGUGGUGAUUUUUUCCGUCCUCGCCGGCGCGCCAGUAAUUUAUAUUUUCCGUGAGUCUUGUUUUGUCAGAAGCAUUUCGUCGAGCAGCUUGUGUUCUAUAGCAAGCUCCCGCCAUGGAUGUUGAUUCGAAGCCUGGCAUGGAGGAAACUAUACUGGUGGGUGAUGAUCUGAUGAUGGGGCCGCCUUCACCGGUGAUUCCACCGGAGAUAGCAUCACAUGUGCUCGAGGGAGUUAAUCUCUGUGAUGGGAUUUUGCGAAAUUUGUUCCUAUGUCUGCAAAUUAAUGACAUUGAGCCGUUCUGUCAAGAUGAGAUUGCAUUGUAUAAGCAAUGUGCUGAGAGGAGGGAUAAGGAACUUAGGCAGAGGCUGCAAGAUAGUGAGCGGAAAUUAGGGAUGUCUAUGCCUUUGAAUCUAGCAAACGAAAGAUCUAGUCAGCUGGAGGCAGAAGCAACUCAAUUGGAGAGACGCUUGAUUUUGGCAAGUGGAGUCGAAGGCAUGGAAGGGUUUAGGCAAAGAUGGAGUCUACACGGUCGCCUUACUGAUACAAAGAAGCGGCUGGAAGCCCUGAAGCUAGGGAUGGAUAGUAGAAAGAAAGAUGAACCCGUUGGAGACUCGAGUGCGAAGAAGAAGAGAUGGUUCUUCUGGUGAAUACGGCCCUCAUAUUUGCUAAUGUGAUUUUCACCUAAACGAUUGUGGAAUUAUUCAUCAACAGCUAAAUCGAGUCUUCUUUCAUACAUUUUGUUGUAUAAUAUAUCAAGUGAGAGUAUUCAAUCUCAAUCUCAGGAUAGCAGUUAGCAGUGCUUUCAUAAAGAAAAUCAGUUUAGAAUAAUUACAAGUAAAAGUGGCUCGACUAUAACUUGUGAUCUUCGUAUGACGUGUUAAAAUAUUACUCUUUGUAUUUUCAAAUAUUCCUGUAUGAAAGCAAAUUGUUGAAAUUUCAAAGUGAUUUUACACUCA